AUGACAUCGUUGAAUUCUAGAAACGGUUCACACUCAUCUCUUGCUUUGACUCAAUCAAAUCAUUCCUACAGAAACCAAAGACGCUCAUCAACUUUUAAACAUGCCAUCUCAUCGAUUCUAGGAAACUCAUCUGCAACUACUACUACUACAAUAUCUUCACCAACAAGAAAUGUGUCUACCUCUUCUACCGAUCACAAACCUGUUCAUCAUUCGAAUAAUCAUCGUCAUAAGAAACAUAAUACAGAUAUUAGAAGAAAUUCAAUGUACCAUUCAUCGAAUCCAUUAUCACUACAAGAACAAAGAAGACACAGUACUACUUCAGUAAUUGUUAAGCAACCUGCAGUUUCGCAUUCAGCUCAUAAUACGUCACCAAGGAAUAGUAAUCUUCAUACUCACGAUGAUGAUUCAAUUUUAAAUUCUUUUAACAAUUAUUCAAUGUCAAAUAAUCCGAACUCGACAAGACUGUCACACUCAAAUAAAUCUACUUCUGCAAAAUCUUAUUUAACUAAUUAUUUACUAGAGAAAGGUUUUGUAGGUCAAAAAUUAUUAUUUUUUAAUGAUGAUUUUAAAUUAUCUGUUGCUACUACAGGUGAAAAUGUCUUCUUGCCAACUGUCUCAGAAUCAACAGAUGAAUAUUUAGAGAGACUAAACGGAUUUAGAAAUGAAAAUGAUGAUGGCCAUUUCCCUGCUUCUUUAACAAGAACUAAUGAAACCGAUUUUUCUUUAGAUGAAUCAGUAAAUACAGAGUAUUCUACAGGUUCAUCCACAGAAUCAAACUCAAAUUCUAACAUGACAAAAAAUAGAGCCACUUCUUUCGAGAUAACAGACAAAAUGACACCUCAUGGAAUAGCUUUAGUAUUAUCUGUGGACAAACCAACAACUUUGAAAGAUUUCCAUGUACAGUUGUGUUCAAGAUAUAGAGUCUAUUGGAAUGAGGGUGUACCACCAACAAAGACAUUUAAAGAAGAAAUAUAUAAUGGUGGUAAGAUAAAUUGGUUAUUAACUUCAAAGAAUUAUGACUUAUUUGUGCCUUCGAAUGUCACAUCAAAGGAUAAGAUCAGUGAAAACAUAAAUGCUGAAAGAUCUUUAAAACUAUUGAGAAAUUAUCCUCCUUCGAAGAGAAAAUAUAUCGAGAGUGCCCAAACAAGAAGUAAAUUAUUGGGUAAGGUUCAGAAUUCGAAGACAAGAAUGUUGCAACCAGGAGACUACGUUUUUAUUUUACCCGUGGUUUUUCCAAACAAUAUUCCUGAAUCGUUAUAUUUCCCUUCAGCUCGUGUUGGAUAUAGAUUAUGUAUUGCUUCGAAAUAUCUUGGCAGUUCAAAUGCAUCACAAGAGGGUUCAUCACAAGCUCCUAACCAACAAGUUUAUGUAGGUCAAAAUCGUGACAGCGCUGAUUCUUUACAAUCAUCAGCACAAACUUCCCAUACUCAAAAAACUUUUAGUAAUUCUCUAUUUAAGAAAGUAAAAGGUUCCUUACGGAUGCCAAAUGAUCAUGAAAGACCCAAAACUAAUGAUUCAAGAGAUAUUUAUGUUGAAUAUCCGAUUAAUGUAGUGAGAAUGCCUCCUCAAAUAUCGGUUUCCACAGCCAACAAGUCAAUUUAUAUAAAUAGAGUGUGGGCUAAUGCAUUAGCUUAUGAAAUAUCAAUAGGCCAAAAGUUUAUCUCAUUAAAUUCAAAGGUUCCGGUUAAGAUUAAAUUAACCCCAAUGAGCAAACACUUAAGAGUUGAGCGUGUUCGUGUCAGUAUUGUAGAAAAAAUUACUCUGGUUAGUAAAAAUCAUGAAUACGAAUUUGAUCAAACAGAUAUUUUGGCAAGAGAUCCUUAUAAUCCAUACUAUCAAGAUUUCCAGACGAAAAGAAGGAAGGAACGUACUUUAGCGUUAUUAGAAGUUAGGACUAAAGAAAAGGGCGGAAGAGCCCUAAGAGAAGAAAUUGUAGAUAACGCUUUUGAGGGAAAUUUGUUGUCUUAUGAUACAAUUAAGGAUCAAUCAAGACCAUCAAAGACAGUUGGAAUAACCGAAUCGAUUUCUAUUGAGUCAAAAUUGGAAUUUCCAAAAUACGAUGAUCUAGAUAAGAAAUCGGCAAAAACAUUGGCCCCAUAUGGUGUUGACCACUAUAAUACUGAUUCUACAAUUGAAGAAGAACAAACAAUACAGCCACCAACCUCACGUCGUGGAAGCGUUUUAGGUUUUUUUUCAUCUAAAUCUAAUUCUGUGCAAUCUCCAAAGAAACCAGAACAGCCUCAAGUGGCACCAAAUCCCAGGUUGAAUGUUACUACAUUUCGAACAAAUGCUGAAAAUCAAGUUAAAUCCCACACUAAGCUAUAUGAAGCUAAGCGUGGUAUUUAUUUAGAUAGCUUAAACUGUUCGAACGUGAGUUGUAAACAUAAAUUAGAAGUUAUGUUUAGGAUUAGUAAGAAGGAUGACAACGAGUCAAUAAAGGCAAGAAACUAUGAAGUUUUAAUCGAUAUCCCAAUUUAUGUGGUUUCAGAACUAUGUAAUAGUGAAAAUAUGGACUUACCUACAUAUGAAAUGGCUUCGGUCGAACCUCGUACUAAAAGUGAGUCUGCGAUGGACUUUCCACCAAGUUUUGAAGAAGUAUUCUCAGUGCCAGGUUCUCCAAUGGACUCUCCAAUGGGCUCUCCUAUGGGUUCACCAAGUUUAAGGGCAUCACAUCAUACAGACGAUUCUUUAAUACAAAACUUGAGUUUGGGUACUGAUAUUUCUUCAACUAGUAACAGAUCUAGGGACGUUGAAUGGAGGGACUCUGGUGACUAUUCUGCCAGAAGUACAUCAAAUUCUGCUCAGAAUAUCAAUAAUUCUAACUUUAGUAAUCUUGAUGGGUUACUAUCCACAUCACCAAGAAACAGUUCAAACCCAUUUUCUGUGGAUCCAAAUGUGCCAUUUUGCACUAUGGAUCAAAAAGAAGCACAUGUUGCUUUAUUUAAAGAAGGGUAUUCUAUGACUCCAAAUAACACCAUCGGCGAUACCUCAAGAGACGAUAUGGAAAUGCAUGAAGUCGAAGGACCAGGAUUACAGCGUCUGUAUACUACUUCUGAUCCUCCAACUUACGAUGACGUUAUUUCUCAGUAA